CUUUCUUAAAAUUCCUCCCCUCGGAAGCUCUUAAUGGGGCAUUCACAAAUCCUAUUCCCCCAUUGGCUCCUCCCAUGGGAACUUCCCUUAGGGGAAAUAGUCUUUCUGCCCUUUCUCCUCCUGAGCAGCACUCUUUUGUUUUCAAUCAAGUGUUAUAAUGGUGGGAUAUUGGACUAUCUGUUUCAGCUUUACCACAAUUACAACCUUGAACUUUAUUACCUUGCACACUAUUCUGCCAAUCACUGUUUGUUACUGAUCCCGCUCUCUCUUCAAUCUUUGUCUCACUUAUGUGUCUUGGAGGGGUUAAGACAACAUUCUGUGGAGGAGGUUGAUUAGCACCCGAUAUUAGGAGGUUUGGAGGGUAAGACAAAACAUUAAUACUGGAGUCAGGGCUUAUAACCAGCUGACUUGAGGUUGUUAAUGUACUUCCUACUGAUGGUGUGCAGAGAAUAUGGGGAGGAGUUUGAGAGGUUGAAGGCGUAGGUUGGACAGGUGGAGGUGUUGGAGGAACAGCAGGGGGAGAGGGUGGAAGAUAAUCUAAAGGGUCUCACCUUCUUAUGGGCUCUUCCCUUGCGUCUUCCACGUCCUUAAUGUCCUUGGACACUUUGUACGCUUUAGCUUUUUCCUCCAGGGUAUUACUUUCUAACCAACAACUUGCAUACUUAGUUUCUUCUUUACUCACACUUUCCCUCGAAUUCACAUGUUUGUUUACAGCUAAACACAACCACCUGUCCUUUGAACCAUACCAAGGCCAGUAAACUGACCCUUCUUGAAGAGCUUCCUUUGGCCAUAUCUCGACCCAAUACUGUCUCAUCUUUAUUUUAUCUAAUUCCUUAAACUUCUCAUCACUUUCCCAUUUUUCAAUCAUUUCUCCUAAAGGGCUACUGGGUGGAAUUUCUUUCAGCUUACCCUUCUCAGUCCUUCCCCUAUGGGAGUUCUUACUAGUACACUGCCCCAUUUUAUAAAUGAACUGGACAACUAACUAACCUAGCAACCAGUAACUCAAAUGAGCUCAUGAAAGGAUCUACACUUAUAUGAAAUAGGACAACUGAAAUUACUCUUUACAAAAUAAACUGAUAAAACAAUUGGAACCUUGAUUGGUCAAAAAUAAAUUCUAUCCAAAAUAUUGAAUACAACAAUCUAAAAUAACGUAAUUAACACCAGAUUGAAUAAUCAAGUGAUUGAAAUCAAACAAAAAAUUAAAGUAUUGGCAUUUAAUUAAGACAAUUGAAAUAAAUAAUUAAAAUAAAAUAAUUCAAUUAAAAUAAAAAUGAUCAGAAUUAAAUUAAUUGGAAAUACAAAAUGAGAACUCUGCAAUUGCAACAAAGAAACAAUUGCAAAAAAACAAUUAAAUUUCAAUAAAAUGAUUGGAAAUAAGUCCCAGUCCUCCUGUCCUUCCCGUGACCCUGUGGCCAGCGGCAGUGCUCCCAGUGUGACCUGGGCUUUGCUCUGCACACAGGUUUGCAGUGCAGGCCAUGAAGGAUCUGCUCUGCCGACUGCAGUGUGACCACGUGGUGGUGGCUAUGGAGCGCAAGGGUGGCUGGGACAUGAUGCUGUGUGCUCACACCCAGCACUAUGCCGUGGGUCUGCUGGCCAGGAAGAUGCUCCGUGUUUUGAUCCCUUUGUGCUCUCACAUCACACUCCACUUGCUCCGGCAGCUCAGCAGGGAGGAGCCGUGCUGGGAUCUGCCCUUCCUGGCAUUCCUUGUGGAGGUGAGCCUGUUGGCCAGCGCUGCCUCGCUGAGCUGCCUCCCAGCUCUCUGUCCUCUCAUAGCCACAGCUGCCAGGACAGUGCCCACACCCUGUGCUGCUGCCUGGGCCCAGCCCUGUGUGGUUCUGGGCUCCUGCCGGCUGGGUCCCCUGUCACUGCCCUGUGCCUUUCAGGUCCUCGAGCGCCUGGACACGACUAAAUGUGGUGGCAGCAUCCUGAAGAUCAUGUCAAGGCACCUGCAGAGUGAAUGCAGGGAGUGGCGUCGCCUGGCACUCCAAGGCCUUGUGGUGCUCUAUUGUAAAAUGCAUGCAAACCCAGUUGAACAAUUCUCCAAACACAUUCCACAUAGGAAAAACAAGGAGCAGACAUAGAAUUUGUUUUCUCUUUCUUUAUCUCUGUGCACCUCUAUGAAAAAUCCUGAGAGAGAGAGAGAAAUAUGCUUGCCACAUAUCACCCUUUUCUGUAUAAAUAAAUUUAAAAAAUUAAAAAAGCUGCAUUUGUAA